GGUACUCUAGAAAUCUGACUAAAGCCCUGUGUUCAUUUCAGUUUAGGGCAUUUCUAAAACCCUCGCACACAUCUAUAUCCCAUGGCCAUGAGAGCGGCCGUAGCGGCGGCGGCAAAACCGCGUGGGCUUAGAGGGUUUUUCUCAACUUUAACUUCAACUUCCCCGUUCAUUCCACCGCCGAUGACCCAAAUGGAAAAGCCGCCUCCGGCUGAUCCCUCCACCAACCUUUUCGUCUCCGGGCUUAGCAAACGUACUACUCAAGAGGGGCUUAAAAAAGCCUUUUCGAAGUUUGGUGAAGUUGUUCAUGCUAGAGUAGUGACUGAUCGUAUAUCUGGAUAUUCUAAGGGGUUUGGUUUCGUAAGAUAUACGACUUUAGAAGAGGCUACAGCAGGUAUGAAGGGCAUGGAUGGAAAGUAUUUGGAUGGAUGGGUUAUAUUUGCAGAGUACGCAAGAGUGAGACCACCACCUGGCCAAGGUCCCCCAUCUGAGAACAAUGGUUCUCCACACGCAUCUCCAUACAAUCGUCAAUAUUGAAUGGAGUCGAUUUUCAAUUGGAUAAGCUGGUCAUCAUUAAGAUAUUGUUUUGCUCUCAAAAGUGAAAAGCAUUUCUUAAUUAUAAUAUCUAUUUUGCCUCGGUGAGAGGUUUGGGUGGUCUUCUACUGUCUCGAGCUCUUUUAAUUUGUGGAGAAGGUUAGCCUCACAUGAGACCGGUUAUGUUGAAUCGAGAAUUAUAUGGAUUUAAAUUUGUGCACUUUAAAACAUGACUAUGUGCUACUAUUUGUGUGCGCCAUUCAUAAGCAUUCCGUGAAAUUUCGUACUUGUUAGUUGUGAGCCUGAAUUGUACCUGUUUGAAUUUUAAUUAUUCUGUUACCUUAUGGGUGAUUUUUAGCAAUGAAAAUAUCUUUUGUUGUAAGAAAUUUCUAGUUUUGGCACCCAACACAUAUUUAGCUCCUCAAUCCUUCUGGUAAUAGACUCACCGGAUUCACAUUUGUUCUUGUGCGCUCCAAACGGACACGGCAAAUCUACACAACUUGAUUAGUCAAAAUUUUACUAUUUUUAGUUGGACCCCUAUGAGAAUAAUUCGCAGGGCUAGAGGAUGAUUGUUGUAUGUUAUUUUAGUAGCUUUUGUUGUUGCUCUGCUGCUCCUACUGCUAAUGUCUGUCACCGUUGAUUUCUUUUCUUCUCUUGUUUGUUGCUAUUUCUGCCCUUCCAUUCGUUUCGAUUUUCAACCAGUUGGCAUUAUGCGAAAGGUCUCAUUCAACUGAUCUUGCUUGUCUAUGUGGUAGACAUGUUCAGUAAUUUGUGGAAGGUGACACGAUAGCUCGUGAAGGUUCUGCAACUAUCGCGUAAAUGCAAUGUCCUACCGUGUUUGUUUUAGGCCUUAAAUCAUAGUUCGUUUUGCUCCAUGCAUGAUUGUUUUUAAGCAUGAACUGAGCUGUCUACGUGAAAGUGAAUAUAGGGACUCUGUACCCAUUCAUUUAAUGUAUCCCUACAUAGGUGUACAAUAAUGAACCAGCUGUAUAAUCUUCCAGUGGCCCUAAUGCCUUCCUAUCGAAGCAACUGGGCAUAUCUAUAUGACACUGAUAGUAACUGGACACUGGAUAUUUCAAACUUGUACUCUCGUUUCAUUUAAUUCGAAUAAAUUUAGAUAUUAUAUGGCAUCAGUUGGAAGAUAAGUAUCUAAAACGAUUAAAUUUGCAUCUACAUGUGGCCUUUGGAAUUGGUGGCGAUUUCGAUUGUUGAGUAGUAGUUUUCUACCUAGAAGGUUGGAAGGGUAGAAACAGUGUUGAUAGAGAGAGAGAGUAUGAUAGAAAGUAAUGUUGUGCUGAAAAUGAGGCAGCUGAAGACUCCCUGCUCUCGUGGCCAGAAAUUUGUGGUGCUAAUGUGUUUGUGUUGCUUCUCUUGAUAUGAUAUGCUAUGCAACUUUUAAUGCCAUUAUUUCAACUAGAUUGAAAUUGAUACGUGUAACGGUCAUAUCAUUACUAUAGAUCCCUUAAGCCAUAAAUAAUUUCCUAUAUAAUUCUUUGGUUGAUUACUUGCUGGCUUAUAUGUUGUUGAGAAAAUAAGGUAAAAAAAUAUGUGCAUGUGAUGGUUAAUUAAAGUAAGACAUGAGUAUAUAUAUUAAUUUAUUUAUAAAUACAUUUUAAACAUGGAUUUUUUUUUUUUUUUUUUGUGAGAAUGGUAAUACAAAUAAAUACAAUUUUGUUCGCCCCGGGCUCAAACUUUGACCUAGUUCUUCCACAAAAAUCUAUUAAUUAUAAAUUUAUUAAACAUUAACUAUUGAAAUGCGUACCUAUAAAUUAAACGUUUUGGCAUUUGCUAUCCCUAAGUACCUUUAGUUAGGUAACGAAUUUAAAGGAAACGCAACCGCACGAAGUUACAUGCAUGGGACAAGGCUUUUCAGAAUUAAUUGAUAAUACUAGUAUGAUGUAUGUCGGUCUUUUGAUAAAAUGAAAUGAGAUUUUAAAGAUUGUUUGGACUCAAAACUUGUUCGCCCAUAAAUUUGUGAAUCAAAUCAGCUUAGUUCCUCAAUUCACGAACCAUAUUAUAUUUUUAAAUUUUCAUGAUAUUUUAUUUAUUUUAUUGCUUUCUUAAUCAACAAAGAGGCACUGAAUUUUUCAAAAAUAUUUUUUUAAAAAAACCAUAUUAAUAGUUUGUCUUAUUCAUGGUUAAAACUCCAGCUCAAUCCGUUUAUUUAACAGUUGAACAUUAAGCAAUUCACUUCAUUUUUAUACAACCAUAUUUUUACGUGAAAAUGAUUACAGUAUUACUCUAACUUCUGUCUUAAAUUCUUAAUUCAUAAUUAAAAUAAUAAUUUGGGGGCAGUUUAUUAGGCUCUUAGAAAUUCUCUAUAAAAGGUAUGGUAGCUGAGCCAAACCAUAGAAAGACUUUCCAAUGCUUCCUCGCCUCACUCUGUAACCACAUGAUUCUUACAAUUUCAUAGCUCUUCUCUCUCUCUCACACACACACACCCACACACACAUAUAUAUCUGAUUUAUGAAGUUCUUGUUGGAAAUUGUCUCCUGCUACGGGUCUAAGAAUUCUCGUCCGAAGGUAUCGAUGACAAAUCCGCCGUUAGUGGAGGAAACACGGUCUCUCGUGCCUCUGGCACCGCCGCCGCCGUCGUCUAGGAGGAGCUGCAACCGGUACCGCAGCCGGAAGCGGGGCAGGGUGGCCUCCUCGAGGUCUGGCUCUUUGGUCGAGUGGCGUCCCUCCCUCUUUGCAAUUUCCGAGGAGAAAGAUGAUCGGUCCAUUACCGUCCGAUCUAAGUACCCUAAAGAGGAAGUUUACACCGACGGCCUGAGUUCACGUCAGAAGCUACAGCGACAUUCUAGACAAUCGCCGCCUUCAACAAUCAUUCCGGCAUUUUCUCCGACUCCGUUUCUAUUUUGAAGCACGCGCUUCAGCUUCAUUUUCGGUUCAUCCAAAGUCGUGUUGAUUUUAUGCGUCAAUAAUUCUGUAAAUUUUAUGUGUAAUCUCAAGACCUUUUGAUACCAAUUGUAAGAUCCAAACAAAUAUUGAGAUGUUGCAUCACAUUUGAAAUUUCAAAAUGAUAAUUUUUUUUACCUAUUA